AUGGCCUCUGCAAAAGGGGUAUUGCGGAACGUGCAGGCGCAGGAGGAGGCGUCUCCGCAUUCCCCUCGGGAAGGGGGAGUUUUGCGCAACGAUGAACUGGCGCGUCAGCUAGAGCAACUUAAAGACAUCGACGCAUUGCAGGCCCUGGCACACAGCAUGGCAGCAGGGGGAAAGGAGGGUUCAUCUGUGCUCACCGCGGCUCAACUGGGGGAGGUGAUAUCUGCGCUGCAGGCGCAGGUGCAGGCUGAGGUGGCAACGCAUCAUGACGAGCUGCUGCAGCAGCUAUCCUCGUUAAAAGACACAGAGGGCGUGCUGUCUGUGGUGCGCGCUGGAGUCGACUCGUUACUAGCCUCCGUCCAGCGCGUGCGGGCAGAGAUAGCAGACCCCUAUCGGGCCAUUCAGGUGAAGACACGUCAGCUUGCCGCUCUCUACGACACCAUGGAACUGCUGAGAGCAGUCAUUAAGUACCUCAAACUGGUGCGCAAGCUGAGGGAGCACCUGAGUGGGGGAGUGGAGAAGGCGGACCUGGGGAAGGCGGGGCAGGUGUGGCAGGAAGUGGGGGCAGUGCACAGGGAGGCGCAGCUGGGGGGGGUGCAUGUGGUGGAGGCACAGCACGAGUGGGUGGCGGAGGCAGGGCAGGCUAUCAGGAGAGAGGCGAUGAGGGCGCUGGAGGGGGGUAUGGAGGCGAUGAACCAGGCUGAAGUGGGGAGCGUGCUGCAGGUGUUUUUCAACAUGGGUGAGCUGAGGCAGACGGUGGACCAGCUGGUGGCGAAGCACAAGGGGCAGGCCAUGCGAGCCGUGGCCACAGGGCUCGACAUGAAGGCUAUCAGUGCGAGCAUGGGAGCAUCAGGGGGUGGAGGAGGCUUGGGUGGCUCCGUGGGCGGACCAGGGGGAGCCAUGCGCAGCGGCACUCCUCCAAUGGGUGGCGCCCCCAGAGCCCGGGAGGCGCUGUGGCAGCGGCUGACUGGAUGCCUGGAUGAGCUGGCGCGUGUUAUGGUGCUGACGUGGCACCUGCAGCGAGUGAUGGCGAAGAAGCGAGAUCCGAUCUCCCACGUCGUGUUCCUGGACCACGUGUUGCAGGUCGGGGGAGGGGGGGUGGUGGUUAGAGGAAAGGGGGAGGGGUGGGCUUGGGACACCCUGCCGACAGAGCGGGUGUGGGAGGCCUUACUCCGGGCCUUCUCCUCGCAGCUACGAGCCACGUUCACCGCCUCCUCCUUCGUCAAAGAGACCUUCGUCUCCGCCUAUCCCCGCCUCCUCGCCUCCCUAGAAUCCUUCCUGGACCGCCUGCAGGCCGAUACAGACGUGCGCGUGCUGGGGGGAGGGGGAGGCGGAGCUGGGGGAGGAGGAGCGGGAGGAGCGGGAGGAGGAGGGUUUGGGUUGGGAGCGGUUGGAGGCGGUGCUGUGGCUGGUUCGUGGGCCAACGGUGGCACUCCGGCGGUUAUUUCUGUGGAGCAUCGCGCGCAGAUGAUGGCUGCUUUGGAGCCGUUUCAGGCAGCCUAUCUGGCCCUCUCGCUCUCUAGAAUGACCGACCCGAUCAACACCAUGAUGCCAGCCGCAGGGGGUGGGAGGGGAGGUGUGCCGGGGCCGGAAGGGGGGGUGAGGCUUAUAAAGAGGAUGGAGGAGGAGGUGGAGGCGGUGAAGGGGAAUGGUCGGCUGCUGAGGCUCGUGCUGGCGAAUGCUGGCAAGGCUCUGCAGCUGCUGGCAGAGCGGUGUGAAUACCAGGUCGCUACCGGUCCUGAAUCUCGUCAAGUCCUGGCUCCCUGCUCGCCAGCGCAGCAGCGCAACAUCUCCCUGUGCGUGCUCCUAGGAGCGGUGCACACACGCUGCAUGCAGCUGCUGGCCCGCCUGCCAGAGGAGGCAGACUCAGUGAUGGAGGCGGGUGUGGGGUCCGUGCAUGGCGUAGCUAUGGACGCUGUCGCUCCCCUCUUCAAGGCCAUGCGGGAUCGCAUCGAGGCAUGCCUUCUUCAAAUCCACCAGCAGGACUUCUCUUCAGACGACCCCAACGCCCCUCCCGCCUCCACCACCCCGCCACCCCCCGGCUCCGCCUCAAGAAACCGUACCAGUAGCUGGGGAACCAGACCACCCCAGAAGCACAACUACCAGCAGCAGCAGCACGAGUCAGCGGGGGACAACUGCUCGCCAUACAUGGAGAACACCAUUCGAGCCAUCACCCACUUUCACAAUGAGUUUCUCUCCAAGCUUCUUCUCCCUGACUCCUCCUCUACCUCCUCCUCCGCAGCAGCGCCGGCCUCGUCUAUAUUCGCUGCAUCUCUGUCCGGUGCUGCAGGAUCAGGCCCUCUGUCUCCUUCCACGGCCCUGCCCCCUGCGACUGUCUCAGAGCCUGUUGCCCAGUCUCUCGCAAAGCGCCUGGCAUCCCGGACACUUGUAUUUUUCGUGCGCCACGCCUCGUUAGUACGACCGCUAUCAGAGGCGGGGCGGCUGAGGCUGGCGAGGGACAUGGGCGAGCUGGAGUUCGCAGUGGGGCAGCACCUCUUCCCCACACACGCCCUCGGUGCCUCCUACCGUGCUCUCCGUGCCUUCCGCCCUCUGCUCUUCGUUGACCUAGAGAAGAUCCCCACCAGCUCGCUACUGCAGGACCUCCCCCCAAGCGUUGUCCUGCACCACCUCUUCUCCCGCGCGCCCCCCGAGCUGCUCUCCCCGUUCACACGCAUUCAGCAGCCCCCAGCGCGCUACUCCCUCUGGCUGGACCAGCACUCGCAGCAGCAGGCGUGGCAGGGCAUCAAGGCGUCAUUAGAUGAUUACGUGGGGAGUGUGAAGGCGAGGGGUGGGAAGGAGUUUCACCCGGUUUAUGCUGUGAUGCUGCAGCUGGGACAGACGCUGUUGCACUCGCAGCAGCAGGCAUGGCAGGGCAUCAAGGCGUCAUCAGUAGACGAUUAUGUGGGGAGUGUGAAGGUGAGGGGUGGGAAGGAGUUUCACCCGGUGUAUUUGGUGAUGCUACAGCUGGGGCAGUCGCUGCUUCUUGGGCCAGGCAAUGAGGGCAAGUAG